GCUGGCUGUACGGCCGUGCAGCUAAACUCUGACACUGGCUAUAAAAGUGUCGCGUUGAUUGCCAAACAGCAUCAGUCAGUGACAAGUCGACAAGUCAACAAACGGCAGAAGAACAAAACACAAUCAAAUCAAUAUGAAAUUCCUCAUCUGUUUGGCUCUGUGCAUUGCGACCGCCCAGGCUGGCAUAUUGGCUGCACCGGUUGCCACCUACUCGGCCGUGGCGCCCGUUGCCACCUACUCGGCCGUGGCGCCCGUUGCCACCUACUCGGCCGUGGCGCCUGUCAGUUAUUCCACCUAUGCUGCCGCGGCUCCCAUCUACAGGACACCUGUGACCACUUAUGCCGCUGCGCCAGUCUAUACGGCUCCCAUUACCGGCUAUGCUGCAACGGCUGUGGCCAGUCCCUUCUGGAAAAAGUAGUA